AUGUCGAAUCAAGGCGGAUACUACCACAGUCCGAGUAGCGGCGAACCACUACCCAGUAGUAAUCCUUGGGCAGACGAGAGUGGCCUCCAACAAAAUCAGCCGUAUCUGCAACAGCCAUUACAGCCACAGCAAGGACAGCAGGAAAAUACAACACAGCAGUGGAAUACCGAGCCUAGCCACCAAGCACCACAGUCGAGCUAUCAAGCACCACAAUCCAGCUACCAAGCACCACAAUCCAGCUAUCAAGCACCACAAUCCGGCUAUCAAGCCCCUCCUGGACUUCCUCCCCGCAGGACGGACACUUUCCAAGAUGAAGCGAUCGUUCCGGCGGAGGAGAGAGGGGAGCAGAGAGAAGCCUUGGAGCAUUUUGAGAUGAGUAAUACGAAGCCUGAGAGUGAAGCCGACAGAGCCGUUGCUGCGCUCCAGAACGAGUUUCCCUCGAUCGAUGGAAGUCUGAUAGCAGCCAUUUUCUCUGACAGCCAGAACGUUGGAGCUACACGAGAAAUGCUUCGAGAAUUGGCGUCUUCGUAG